AUGGUCGAUGUUGUGGCGGCGCGCGCCGUGCCGUCGGAGACCGAGGUUCAUGUGGCGAGGAGCUUCCUCACCAAGAUUUUGCGCAGCUCUAUGAGGAGGAAUGAUUCUGGCCCCCGCCCUCAUUCCUGGCACCCCUCCAAGCUGACGGAGGAGGAGGCGGAGCCAGCCGGGCAUGUGGCUGAACCAUCAGUUUUUAAACCAGCUUUGGGGAUUUUGGACACAAAGUCACGGUUCUGCUUCCCAUCCAGGUCGGACAAAGAGCCCCCGGCGCCGCUGGACCCCGGCAGCCCGGUGAAGAAAGUCCCGGUGAGGAUCGUCCACUCUGAGGGCAGCCUGGAGCGGGGGGGCCCGGCCUACCUGCCCCAGGGCUGCGGCCAAACUGGGCUAGAGGCCUCCACCCCCCCUCUGGCCACAGAGCGCCAGCCCUCCUCCCCCUUCAGCGCCUUCACCCGCCAGCCAGCUCUGGACCCAGACCCUGGUCUGGGCCAGGACCAGGACCAGGACCAGGACCAGGACCAGGAGUCCAGCCCACGUGGGGCUCAGCACCUGGAAGAGGAGGCGAAGAGGGAGGAGCUGGCCAGGGACAUCGUGGGGAAAGACCGGACCCUGGCGGACAUUCUGGACCAGACCGGCCGGAGGACCACCAUGGACCUGAUGGAGGGGCUCUUCUCCCCAGAGGAGAGGGUCCUGGAGGGGGCCCAGCAGCGCAGGAGGGCCUCGGUGGGGUCCAGGCUGCCCACCUCGCCCCCCAGAAUCCCAGACAGGGAGGACGAUGAGGCGUCUGGCUCGGCGGCCGCCUCCCUGGUGCCCAGCUCCUCCUACUACAACACCUCGGCCCCCAAAGCCGAGCUGCUCAUCAAGAUGAAGGACAUGCAGGGCCAGCUGGAGGAGCAGGACUCCGAGGACGAGCUGGACGUGGAUCUCGCCAGCAAAAAGCAAGAGCUGAUCGGCAGCCUGGCCCGGAAGCUGGAGGUGCUGCGGGAGGCGCGGCAGAGCCUGCAGGAGGACGUGGAGGACAACGAGGCCCUGGGCCGGCAGGUGGAGGCCACCGCGCAGCGCCUCUGCCAGCCCAACCAGAUCGACAAGUUCCGCAUGUUUGUGGGCGACCUGGACAAGGUGGUGAGCCUCCUGCUGUCCCUGUCCGGGCGGCUGGCCCGGGUGGAGAACGCCCUCAACAGCCUGGAAGACGAAGCUCCAAAGGAGGAGAAGGUAAGCGCUCUGAACCCCGAGGCUCUGGACCUCUGCGGCCAGGGUCCAGAGAAACGUAAGCUGCUGAUGAGGCAGCACGAGGACGCCAAGGAGCUGAAGGAGAACCUGGACCGGCGGGAGCGGCUGGUGGCCGCCAUCAUGGAGGCCCACCUGGAGGCAGAGAGCCUGGACGACUACCGGCACUUUGUGAAGAUGAAGUCGGCCCUCAUCAUCGAGCAGCGCAAGCUGGAGGACAAAAUCAAGCUGGGCGAGGAGCAGCUGAAAUGCCUGGUGGAGAGCCUACCGCUGGAGCAGAGGCCGCUGCUCUGA